AGAGUCUGUGAUUGGACAAGGGUCAGACCUUGAAAAGCUGUGUAGGAGAUGACACUGUUGGCCAGGAUUUACCAAGCAGUGGGUUCCCUGAGUUGGUCAGCAGCUGUAGCUCGCUAGCAGCUAGGCAUCUACCAGCACAUCGGUGGCCAUGGCUUUCAGGUUUUGCUUUAGCGUCGCCCUGUUCAUGUCAGUACGAACCAAAUGUGACCACAUUCCUGAGGGAUCUGUGCUAAUGGAGUGUCGUGAUCGCUAUUUCAUGAUAGCCGUUGAUGGCUCCUGCAUCGGGAAUGAACCUCACUUUGAAGCUGUUGAUGGCACAGGCGCGUACCCCAUCACUAGGCAGUACGCAGCCAGGUGUGGCUACGCUGUUGAUGUCGUCGCUCUGCUGGGCCACUUGGAGCUCCGAGCGUCUUACUUCAGCUGUCACACUGGCAACACAGAUGACAAAGUGUUCACAUUUAACUUCAACUUGAUUCUGACGUAUGAAGGCAAGGAGGUCCACUAUGCACUUAACAAGACCUGUUCCCCAUCUCUCCCCUGGUCUCCCAGAGAGGUUACUUGUGAGGUUGACUACAUGGAGGUGUCUGUGAGGACUGACGUUGUCUGUCCAUCUACAACAAACAGAGACUGGGAUGCCGCUCUGCAAACUGUGCAUGCCUCAGCUGCUUCAGAUUGGCAGGUUGUGUUCCAGACGGUGGGGCAGAAGUUGAUGCCCAUGAACCUGUCUGAAGCCCAUAGGCGAGGCUAUGUGUUUGACCUGACAGAGGGCCGCCUUGUCUUUCGUACACCUUACAGACAACCUGAUUCCUUCAUCACUGUGAUGAAUGAUGUUCCAGUAGAGAUGGUCCAUGCAACGCUGUUCUCCAGACAGCGCUGGGUCGUCCUCAUGGUCGACAUGGUGGCUGCCUGCUCCAUGCAUGAAGGGUCCUUUGAUGAAAGGCGCUACAUGGUGUGGAAGGCUCCCGAGUUUGUGCAUCCGCUGGUGUUGAAUCUGCACAGCACAAAGAUCAAUGCUGGGGUCAACGGUGAACUUGUGGAGGAGGGGGUUGCAGAAGAAAGAGGCUACACUGUGGAAACUACAGAUAACACAAUCCAGAUCAUCAUUCUUUAUACUGCUGAAGGAUGGUACAGAAAGAGUUUUGUGGUUGGAGACCUCUUCGAGUUCUACGUAUUUAAUCUCUACUUAGAGCAAAUCGCGGUGGACGAGGAUCAAGUGGAGACCAGGCUCCGAUACUACAGAACGCUUACCAGUCCUCUAGUGUUGUGCUCUGUGUUCACUAUUCGCAGAACGGAUCUUGAGGAGCGAAUGUUCAGCGUCUACCUCGGAGGCGUUCCUAGGGAUGUUGAGUUAGUAGCCGUCAGCUUUAAUGGACAUACAUUUACACUGCCCCUCACCAGCACAAGCAUUUCCAUGAUCCCAAGUAUUCAUCCGAACACCACCCACGGUUACACCCUGAAGGUUGCUUUUGAUGACCCUGUUGUCUUACAUGAGUUUCAUAAAGAUUCAGUGAUGAUGCACAAACUGGACGUCUAUUUCAUACUGGCCACUGUACCUGAAAAUGAGUGUUUUUAUCAUGUAACAUCACUCAUUGCACUGACAAAUGUCUCUCCUCCAGUGUUUGACGCCUUCUGUUCUGAAUCUGGGAUCAGCUUCACACUGGACCAUCGGCCUUUUAACUACCUGUGGGCGUUCAGCAUUGGUUCUGACCCGCUGACCUCAGACCUUGCAGCUCGGCACGGAUACGUCAUGAGCAACGACAGCCAGAGUCUGCAGCUCCAUGUGCCGCUGUUCACACCCGGAUACAAGUACAAGAACGUCACUCUGAAGGGAUUUCUUGGCAUAUUUAAGAUCCUCGUUCAAGAUAAGGAAACGUUAGAGAUCCAGACGUCAACUGUCAAGAUGUGUCCUUUUAAUACAACCACUGAACUAAUAGUGUGUUCCACUGAUGGGAGGAUGGUCGUGGUGGCCGACCUGUCGCUGGGCGACCCAAGCCCGGGGAUCCCUACCAGAACCAGCCUCAGGAAUAAAAGGUGUAGACCCAAGGAAGCAGACGACACCAGGGUUCUGUUCUCCUUUCCCCUCCACACCUGCGGUUCCAUUAUCAAGCUUGGAAAACACUCCGUAACCUACGAAAACAAGAUCUUCUUCAGCAAGAACCUUCACGCGGCGACAAGUUCGUCGGGCAGCGACGCUGACAGUGUGACGGUGCAGUGCUCGUACCCUCUGCGAGGCCUCCAACGACUCUUCUCGUUGCACAGGUUUGAGUCGGACGCCGACGGCGUUGGCUGCAUCGUGCAUUCAGCACGCGCCAAUGAAGGUCUGUGUUCCACUGGUUCAGCUGCUUCGAUGCGUUCACCCAGUCGUGCUUUAGCAUUUGGCUGAAACUACGUGAACCCUGCAACAUACACCUUAAUGAAGACUACCACAGAAAAGUUGGUAAUGAAUUAAAGAUUGGUCAAAUCA